CUCCCCUCCCCUCCCCUCCGCCCGCGUGCGGCGAUGCCAUGGCGGCCCCGGCGAGCCCCUGGAGCCCGGAGGAGCUGCGCAGCGAAGCGCUGCCCAAGCGGGAGAUCGUCCGCUUCCUGCAGGAGCAGGCGGCCCACGGGUUCCUUGCACAACACAAGUUACUCGGACAGAUAAAAAACGUAGCCAAGACUGCCAGUAAAGAUCAGCUCAUUGCAGCUUAUAACCAGCUCUUUGAAACGAAGAGCUUCAAGGGCACAGAAGGUGCAGAGCACGUGACGGAGCAGGUGAAAAACAUCAAGAUCGAUGAAGAAAAGCCCAAAGAAACGAAGCCCGAGGAAGCUGUUGAGGAGGGCCCCCCCAAAUAUACAAAGUCAACUCUGAAAAAGGGGGACAAAAUCAACUUUCCCAAGAAGGGUGAUACCGUUCACUGCUGGUAUACAGGGAAGCUGGAAGAUGGGACAGUUUUCGAUACGAAUAUUCAGACAGGCUCAAAGAAAAAGAAAGCCUCUAAGCCGCUAAGCUUCAAAGUCGGGGUCGGAAAAGUGAUCCGAGGUUGGGACGAAGCUCUGCUGACCAUGAGCAAAGGGGAGAAGGCUCACCUGGAAAUUGAACCGGAAUGGGCUUACGGGAAGAAAGGGCAACCUGAUGCCAAGAUUCCACCAAAUGCAAAGCUUCUGUUUGAAGUUGAAUUGGUGGAUAUUGAAUGACUGGAUUUUUUCCCCUUCCAAGACUUGACUGCUGUGACGUUGCUCUGAGUCCACGGAAUACUAUUGUGGCCUUGCUAACCCCCCCUCCCCCCCCCCAAAAACUGCUAUAUAGCACCUGCAAAUCUGAAGACUUCCUUUGGGGUUCUGGAUUUUGUUGCUGUUUUACAGAAUGCCAUAAAACUCUUCCAUGGCUAGUA